UUUCUAUAGUUUUCAAUGAAUUUUUUACAAAUUCACCAAAGUUUCGGCUUCGUUUGAAAAGCCGUAAACGUGGGCGUUUUUUUUUUGGAUUUUUGUUCUUUUUGUUGUUGUUGGAUAAGUGUGAUCUGUUGUGUUAAACCCAAACGGCAUGGAAAUGAGAGCUAAUUCAUUUCAACCAGGCCUGGGAAUGGAUUCACAACAGCAGUUCUGUCUUAAGUGGAACAGUUUUGGUAGUAAUCUCGCAACAUCGUUUAGUAACUUAUUCAAAUCCGAAAGUUUAGCUGAUGUUACAUUAUUUUGUGAAGGUGUAUCAUUUCGAGCACAUAAACUUAUAUUAGCAGCAUGUAGUAAACAUUUAGCUGAUUUAUUUGAAACAGCACCAUUAUUCCAAAAUGUUUUGGUUAUAUUGGAUGGAACAUCUGCAGCUAAUAUGUCAGCGUUGCUUGAAUUUAUGUACAAAGGCGAGGUUCAUGUUUCACAAGAAUCAUUGAGUAGUUUUUUAAAAGCAGCCGAAUAUCUUCAGGUAAAAGGUUUAAGUAUUGAGCAUGAAAAAUUAGCAGCCCAAAGUCAACACGGUGUACAAGAUACAUCCGCACUAGAUUCACCUACAUCACGACCAAAACAUGGACGAUUAUCUUCAUCAGGUAGUAAAGAAGAUUGUGGCGAUACACCCAUCUAUCAUCCUGUUCCAUCACCCUCCUCGUCAUAUCCUACAGGAAUUCAAUCAUAUAUGCAACCACCUUAUAGAAACCAUGAACAACGGGUAAAUUCACAAUCACAAAAUAAUGUCAAUCAAACACGAUACGAUGAGUGUUCGUCACAGCAACAACGGAAACAACAGCGACCAUUACGUAGUCCAAAUGAAAUGUUACAAGAGGCCGCUGCACUUCAACGUGCUUCAGUGCUACGUGAUGGAAGUAUUCUACGUGCGGAUGGAAGUAAACAAUGUGGUAGCCGAUCAGGCUCGCCAAAUGGUGGUGCAAUGGAUUAUCGUCCAUCAUCAAGUUCCUCAUCCUCAUUACCACCUGGAGGGCAUAAGGAUUCUAACAUGCUCAAUAGUUCUGACCAUAAUAAAUAUGGAAAUGAAACACCUGAAGGUAAUAACGGCUCAUCAACGACGGGUGGACAACCCACAUCUACUUUUGAUAGAACUGCUGUUGUAAAAACCGAACAGACAACACCAGAACACAGACGACAUUCUGGCGAUGAUGCAAGUUUUCCUGAAGAUUUACGAAUGAAAAUGGAUACGACACCAUCGUCAGGAGGAGGAAACCAGCAAGAUGAACAAACAAACAUGGUGACGAAUAGUACAGGUAGUAAUAUUGUAAAUUCAAGUGGUAAUAAUGGCGGACGUGAUACAGGGAAUAAUUAUUUAUCGAAUGGUACAGCUGGAAAUAAUAAUGGAAGUGGUGUUUUAUCAUCACCAGGCGGUGGUGGACAAAAUGCUAUUCACAUUAAAUAUGAUUGUGACAGGGAUACCACAAAAAUUACAACGGGACCGGAUGGAUUAUUACCAAAUAUAUGGCAAUCUGUUGGGAAAUUGAGUCAUAAAGCUGGCUCGGUUACAACACCUGACGGAAAAAAAUUAAAAUGUCCAUUCUGUGAACGAUUAUAUGGCUACGAAACAAACUUACGUGCACAUAUACGACAAAGGCAUCAAGGUAUACGUGUACCAUGUCCGUUUUGUUCACGUACAUUUACACGUAACAACACAGUGCGCAGACAUAUAGCACGUGAACAUAAAACUGAAUUGAGCCUGAAAACAUUUCAACAAACUCAACAGGCUGCUCAACAACAGCAACAAGCCCAGCAAGUACAUAACAAUCAUAAUACACAAUAGAGAUUUCCACCUCUCUGUUACAUGUGGCCGCCGCCAUCUUCAAUUGUAGCUCAAACAGCUGCCGCAUCAUUACAAGCUGGCCUAAUGUAAUAGAGAUCGGAGUAUUGGAAUGAAUAUGUUAUUAUUUGAUUUUAUGUCUUGAUUUUUUAUAAAUCAACAAUCCAACAUGGCCAAAUUUAUUUACCAAAAAAACAAGUAUAAACAAUGAAUGGCCAUUAAAAUCUCAUCCAUCUUGGAA